AUGGAAGAGUCCAACCAGACCAAAGUCACCGAGUUCAUCAUCGUGGGCUUCCCAAACACCCAGAGAAUGAACAAGUUCCUCUUCUGUUUGCUCCUCCUGGUCUACCUCUUCACCGUCUUUGGCAACCUGCUCAUUUUCACCAUCAUCCGCACAGACUCCCGGCUCCGCACGCCCAUGUACUUUUUCGUCAGUGUCUUGUCCUUCUUGGAGGUCUGGUACACAGCCACCACCAUCCCCAAGAUGCUCUCCAACUUGCUCAGUGAGAAGAAGAGGAUCUCCUUUGCUGGCUGCCUCCUGCAAACUUAUUUCUUCCAUUCGUUGGGAGCCAGCGAAUGCUACUUGCUCACAGCGAUGGCCUAUGACAGGUACUUAGCCAUAUGCGACCCACUGAGGUACCCAGCCAUCAUGAACACCAAGAUGUGUGUUCGACUGGCCACUGGGUGUUGGAUAUGUGGCUUCAUGUGUCCCGUCUCGGAAGUUAUCUUAGUAUCCCAGUUGCCUUUUUGUGGUCCCAACAAGAUAGAGCACAUCUUCUGCGACUUCCCACCGCUACUCAGCUUGGCCUGCACAGACACUUCCAUCAACGUCUUGGUGGACUUCGGAGUCAAUGCUUUCAUUAUCCUGGUGACUUUCCUCUUCAUCAUGAUCUCCUACAUAAAGAUCAUCCAAUCUGUCCUGAAGAUCCGCACCGCCGAGGGCCGCAAGAAGGCUUUUUCGACUUGUGCAUCCCAUCUGAUUGUGGUCCUCCUCUUUUUUGGGAGCAUUAUCUUCAUGUAUGUAAGGCUGAAGACGAGUUAUUCGUUAGACUAUGACAGAGCCUUUGCUGUGAUCUACGCUGUCCUGACUCCUCUAGUCAACCCCAUCAUCUACAGCUUGCGGAACAAAGAGAUCCUAAAAGCAAUACGGAGAAGAGUCCAGCUGAAGACCAGCAGCAGAAGAAGUCCUGUGCACUGA